GAGUAACCAAAUAUAAGUGCCGAACUUUAUCGUUCGGUUCGGUCUCUAAUCCACCGAACUCCACAAACCGAGAGUACGCAUCAUCGUCCCAUUGCCAUGGCAAACCUUCUGCUUCAGUUCAUGCGCGAGCUGAUGGCUCCACGAGCAUGGUUCCUGCUGCUGCCCCCUCUCUUCCUCCUGCUUGUACGCUACUCGGUGAGUAGGAAGCAGCAGAGAGCGAGGAAGAGGCAGCAGCUAGACGACGAAGACGAAGACGACGACGACCAUCAUCUACCUCUGCCGCCUUCGCCUCCGGCGCUGCCCCUCUUCGGGCACCUCCACCUCAUCGGCUCGCUGCCUCACGUCUCCCUCCGGAGCCUCGCCACGAAGCACGGCCCCGACCUCAUGCUGCUCCGCCUCGGCGCCAUGCCGGUGCUCGUCGUGUCGUCGCCCCGCGCCGCCGAGGCCGUGCUGCGCACGCACGACCACGUGUUCGCGUCCCGGCCGCACUCCCUGGUCACCGAGGUCGUCCUGUACGGGCCGUCCGACAUCGGCUUCGCGCCGUACGGGGACCACUGGCGGAAGGCCAGGAAGCUCGUCACCACCCACCUGCUCACCGUCAGAAGGGUGCAGUCGUUCCGCCACGCCCGCGAGGAAGAGGUGAGCACGGUGAUGGCUGAGAUCGCCGAGGCGGCCGCUGCUGCCGGCGGCGGCGCGGCGCCGCCGGUGGUAGACGUGGGCGAGCUGCUGGGCUCGUUCACGAAUGACCUGGCGUGCCGCGCCGUCAUGGGCAAGUCGUCCGGCCGGAUCCGGAGCAAGCUGCUGCGGCAGCUCAUCGUCGACACGUCGCCCCUCUUGGGAGGCUUCAACGUCGAGGAGUUCUUCCCGUUCCUGGCUCGCUUCGGCGUUCUCAGCAAGGUGGUCCGCGCCAAGUCGGAGAGACUGAGGAAGAGGUGGGACGAGCUCCUGGACGGGCUGAUCGACGACCGUGAGAGCAUGUACGAGCCGAUGGCGGCGGCGGCGCCGGUGAGUGAGAGUGAGCUCAAGGACGAGGACCAGGACUUCAUACAUAUCUUGCUCUCUGUUCGAGACGAGUACGGCCUCAGCAGAGAGUCCAUGAAAGCUAUCCUGCUUGACGUAUUUUUCGGCGGAAUAGACACAGCAGCUUCGCUACUCGAAUACACCAUGAUUGAGCUCAUUCAGAGGCCACACGUGAUGAAGAAACUACAAGCCGAGGUGAGGAGGAGCAGCCUGCCCCAUCAGCACCAGCAGCAGGGACAAGAAGACAUCCUCAGAGAGGCCGACCUGACCAACAUGGCCUACCUGAGAGCUGUGAUAAAGGAGUCGCUCCGGCUACGCGCCGUGGCGCCGCUGCUGGCGCCGCACCUCUCCAUGGCCCGCUGCACCAUCGACGGGCUCGCCGCGGUCCCGGCCGGCGUGCGCGUGCUCAUCAACGCCUGGGCCAUCGCCAGGGACGCGCGCUUCUGGGGGCAGGACGCGGAGGAGUUCGUCCCGGAGCGGUUCCUCGACGGCGGCAGCGCGGCGGACGUGGGCUUCAGGGGCACCGACUUCCAGUUCCUGCCGUUCAGCGCCGGGCGCAGGCAGUGCCCCGGGAUCAACUUCGCCAUGGCCGCCGUCGAGGUGAUGCUGGCGAACCUCGUGCGCCGCUUCGACUGGGAGAUGCCGGCGGGCAAGGCGGCGCGCGACAUCGACAUGUCCGAGGUGUUCGGGCUGGUGCUGCACCGGAAGGAGAAGCUCCUCCUAGUCCCGAAACUGUGCGCGUAGGAUAGGAGGCGUACGUAGCUCCGUACUGCGUUGGUAGUGAUACUGAUACGACAGGAAAUAAACACAUGGGUGGAGUAUAGCAUUUCUGAAUUCCAUAUAUGGUGUUUUAAUUUGUGCCCCAUGGCCACACACGCAUACAACAGUAUAUAUAGUUUACAUAUUUCCAUAUAUAGACUGUGUGCUUGAAUACGUGUGCCGAACACCUUUUUAGAUACUGUGUGUGAUGGUGUGCAUAAUUUGAUUAGACGAUUAGUACACCCAUGUCGCCGUCUGUAAGAACAAGUCUUAUAAAUUACUACUGUAUGAAUGCCUAGAUUUUUCUCA